ACCCGCUGGUAUCGCAGGCACCGCUCGAACCCCGCGAUGCUUUCUUCGGUGGCCGUACAGGUAAUACUGUCAGUUUUUAUGAAGUCGAGGGGUCUGAGAGGAUACACUACGUAGAUGUGUGUUCGCUGUACCCCUUCAUUUCGAAAACGGGGAAAUUCCCUGUAGGGCACCCUACGGUGUACGUGGGCGAUGACUGUCGCGAAUUAACGGGUGAUCGCCACAACAUCGAUAACGUGGAGGGCUUGAUUAAGUGUGUGGUGUUACCACCGCGAGAUCUGUAUCAUCCCGUGUUACCGGUGCGUAUGCACGGUAAACUGCUCUUUGCAUUGUGUCGUUCCUGUGCAGAGGCCACGCUACAGGGGUCGUGUCCUCACGAGAAUCCCGCGGACAGGGUAUUCGAAGGGACCUGGGUCGUGGACGAGGUCAAGCGCGCCGUACGUAAGGGGUAUGAAAUAACGUUGAUACAUGAAAUAUGGCAGUAUGAGAUUACCCAGUACGACCCGACGACACGGACGGGUGGUCACUUUGCUGAUUACAUAAACACGUUCCUAAAGAUUAAGCAGGAAGCUAGCGGCUGGCCGCGCGAGUGUGGUGACGACGACGAGGCCAAGAAGUUGUAUACAGAGGAGUACGAUCGGGUCGACGGUAUUCGUCUGGACCCUGGGCAAGUUUGGGCAACGCGAAAAUAUGCCAAAGACGGAAAUUGUAACGACUCGUCAAAAGCUCGUGAGUCUGCUUACAUGUCCGGAGGUCGAGAUUACAG